AAGAGCAGAAAAACAACAAAAGCAACAAGCUAUGGAAAGCAAAGAGCAGGAGAAUUUUGUAGUCAGUCCAUGCAAAUGUGCAUGCGAGAUAGAAAAACAACAAAAACAACAGGAUAUGGAGAACAAAGAGGUGGAGAAUUCAGAAGUUGGUCCAUGUGGGAUAGGAAAACAACAAAAUCAACAAGAUAUGGAAAACAAAGAGCUGGAAAUGUUUGAAGUUGGUCCAUGCGAAUCUCCAUACCAGAUGGGGUUCUUGAUUGGGAAGAGGUUCUCUGAUACCAUAAGGAGCAGAUUGGAGAAAGACAUGGUUCUUCGCGAACAGCUGGUUCCUUUCGCUCAAACUCCAGAGUCAAAGCCUCUUAUAGAAUCCCUCUGCAAAAAUAAUAAGGCCAAGUACCCAACACAUUGGGAUGAACUCAUGGGAAUUGUAGAUGGAAGUGAAGCGCCUGCCCUUGAGAUUAUUCUACUCAACUUCAGGAGGGAGAUUCUUCCAUUUAUUCAGGACGAGGCUUCCAUUGUUGAUUGUACAGAUGAUUGUUCUGAUCUUCUUAUUGUUAGUGACUCAUUGGCCCUUGCAGCACAUAAUGAAGAUGCCAGCUUUGGUCUGUCUGGCUACACCUAUUUGAUCAAAGGAAAACUGCAAAAUGGGAUAUGUUACAUUGCUUACACACACGCAGGGGAGAUACCAAGCCGUGCUUUCAGUUUUAAUAGCAAUGGCCUGGCAUUUACCAUGAAUACAGUCCGUCCAGUGAAUGAUGAGAUUGAUCCUGGGGCAAUCGGACGAAACUUUAUCUCCCGGGACCUUCUUGAAUCUACAAGCUUUGAAGAUGCAAUAGCUAGAAUUCGCUCAGCAGAAAUAUCCCUAGGUCACAAUUAUAAUGUGAUUGACAUUCAGACGAGAAGAAUUGCGAGUGUAGAAACAGCAUCAAAGUAUAGAUUGUCUGUCCAUGAGGUUGGGGCUACACCAUUUUUCCAUGCAAAUAUGUAUUCCCAUCUUCAGACAGUUAAGCAGAUAAUAGAUGAAAACUCUACAAGCAGAAAAAAACGAGCUGAUGUCAUGUCAAAAGAAUCGAAAGAUGAUUUCCUGUCGGUUAUUGGAGAUACAGACAACAAGGAAUAUCCUAUCUACAUGAAAGGUAAAUAUAAAGAUGAUUUAUAUUGCCUAGUAUUAUCAAAACUGAAUUCGAAAAUUUUCUUAAUGUCUUCAGGUCCUAAGCUUUACACGAUGUGUAGUGUUCUAAUUGACCUAGAUGAAGAAAUGCUAUCAAUUUUUCAAGGAAAUCCGAAGAACAAAGAGAUAACUCAUGUUUUCUCCCUGUCAGAGUUGAAGAAACCAUAAGCACACUGCUGCCACCAUAUGUUGCUAGUAUCUAAGAAAGUUAAUUCUGGGCUCUUAUGCAGGUUCAUAAAGGCCCAACAUACUGAUAUCAACCAGUAAAGGAAUUCAGAUUAUGAUCCACGUUUUAUUUAAGAAUUUUGAUUGUUUUCAAUUUUUACCCAUCUAAACAUAUUAAAGUAAGGGUACUUUAGUGUUUUUGUUUAGGGAUAAAUGGUAUCAAAUUAGGGUUUCAUUUCUAAUCCUAGCCACCACUAUUAAGGUUAAUUGAGAAAUAAAAUGGGCUAUUUAAAGCCUAAAUUACAUUUCGUGUAA